UCACUUCACUUCACUUCACUUCUCACCACACCUCACUUCACCUCGUCACGUUUCCGAGCUUCUUCACGAAUUGUAUAGCUCAUACACGCUAACUGACCUAGCGUUACACCGCGAAUUUAGCGGGCCGCUUCACACUUUACCUACCCGCACCUACCUAAACCGGAAUCACCUGGUUGUCGUCGUCGACGAUGAUCGCGGGAUUCACAAAACCUCCUCCGGACAAGGAAAUUAAAACGGUAGCGCGAGUCAGGUGUGAAGUGGCGUGAAGUAAGCCGGGAGACUCGCGGACGGUUUCGGUCGUUCGUGAGCGACCGAGAGAGCGCACGAGAUGGAAGACGCGCCCGUCGGUAUACGGUGCGCAUCAAUGGCGGCGACAUCGGUCGACCCUUAUUUAAAGUCCUCAAAAUGGCCGCCCUUUGUGUCUCCGCGCGCGCCAGUCUCGUCGCUGUUCUCAAUAACGCUCGCCCGUCGAGAGGCGCCGCGACGUCGCGCGUCGCACCCGCGAUAACUCAGAUUCAACAAAGAUGGUCCAGUUAUAAAUCAUCUUCCAAAUAUACAAAACCCGAAGAUUAUACCGAUUAUGAGAUCUCAAAUGAUCCAAACGAGUGGAAAUAUGUGGAACGUUUGCUCAGAUACAAAAUUAUACCAAAGCCUCCUAGUACCACUGAUGUUGAAUUGCCAUCUGGUUAUAAACCAGCGCAAGCCUUGCCCAAGGAUACUCCCUAUUUCGUAGAACGCACAAAGAAUUAUAUGCAACCUGUGUAUUUACAAGUAAAUCUAAGAAAAGUAAAAAGAGUCACAAAGAUCAGGAAAAUUCAAGGAGACAUAUGGAAAUUAGAUCAAGAUUUAAAAGAAUAUAUAGAGGACAUCACGAAGCAAAAAAUCGCUAGCCAAAUCUUCGAGUUCGCAGGUUUAAUUAUAUUAAGAGGCGAUCACGUGAGUCGCGUUAAAAAAUGGAUGGACAUGAAAGGGUUUUAAGAAUCAUUGUACGGACAUUUCUAUAAUAAGUUUUUGUUAUUAUAUACUGUAAAUAUAUAAUAAACAAUGAAUUUUUGUUACAAAACAUACCGCAUGUACAUUUAUCCUAUUUGCUUCUGUGUUUUUAAAUAACAAAGUGUUUCUCCAACAAGAAUUAUCCCGUAUUCUCUAUUUGCCAAUUUCAUUAAUUCGAAAAGAAAAUGCUAUAGAAAGACUAUUCUUUAGCACGUGUCAACAAUAUCGCUUAAUUCUGUAAAAAUUAUAUUCGCUAAUAUAAAAAAAAAAACUGCUCAUACGUUUGUUUGAAAUAUCAAAAGAAAAUUUAUAGUACAUAUGUAUCGGAAUAUUGUAAAUGUGUCAAUCGCACGUGUUAUGCAAAUAUUCGUUAACUACAAUACACAUUUGCAUACAAUAUGUGUAACACAUUCCGAUAAUAAGUUAUUACAUUAUUUUUACACACCUAAAAAUAUCGGUUCUUGUUCUCUUUAUCUAUUUAUACACAUAUGCUAUGUAUAUAUAUAUAUAUAUGGUACAUUUUUUUUCUUAUUAAAAAGUUGAAAUAUCUCUUGCUCCAUGAAUACACACAGUGUAGAGACACUUUCAAAUUCUAAACAAAGGAACAUGGCACCCGCUGGCGAAAGGAAAUUGCGUUGAAAUUAAUGUGCCUUAAAGAUAAUUCCUCGAGAAUAAUUCACUUUAAAACAUCAAAGCUGUCACGCGUAAGAGAUUUUUAAUGCCACGCGGUAAAGAUCAAGUAGGAGUAACAUAUUUAGGCA